AUGAGAAGUGAGGAUGAAUCCACCGUGGGUGGCUACUGCUGGGUUUUCAAUGUGUCCACAGUAUUUGUUCAGACUUGCGGCUUAGUUGCCAGGAUCCAGCUCCAGAUUCAAGAGCAAAGUGUGAUCCUAACCUAUCCCAACUCUUCUGUUGAUCUCAGACUAGAUUUUCCCUUUCCGUCCCUGUCUGAAUUUGUAAAAUCAUUCAAGAUGCACAAGAUGGACAGUCGCAAACAUGCUCACAUCCCGGCAGUUGUGAUUGUCAUCCACUUUUUGGAAAUCUUCAAAUCAAUACUCAGUCCAGAAUAG